AUGUCAGGCCGUUGGUGUAAAAUUCCAAAUGCUGUCGGAGCUAUCGACGGAACUUCCCUUCAGAUAUAUAGACCUUCCGUCGAGCCACAAGAGCAAUAUUACUCUGGUCAUCGACAGCACCACGCCGUUCAUACUCAAGUAGUCGUUGACAACGAGGGGAUAAUCCGAUUUGUACAGAGCGGUUUCCUAGGACACAUGAACGAUGCGCAGCAAUUUGCCAUGAUGCAAAGAAUUGGCACAGACUUGGUUUUUCCACAUGACUGCUUUCUCCUUGGUGACAAAAUAUACCCGAACAGGUAUCCCAUUAUUACUCCGUUUUCAGCAGGCCAAGUUGCAAGGCGUCACGGGCGUGAUAGAAGAAGAUGUGUAAAAUUUAACAGAUAUGUUAGCUCAUGCCGCAUUAUCGUUGAACACUCAAUAGGAGAAUUGAAAACAUACAGAGCUGUAAGCACAAUUUGGCGUCAUCCACGAUAUUUACUGCCGUCAGUUGUUGUUAUCUGCGCCGGACUCGUUUGCCGUAGGAAGGAGUUAAAUUUGAUAAUGUAA